AUGCAGGAAGUGAUGGCAGCUGUUGAGACACUGUACGUAGAUGAGCUGAAGCCAUACGGGAGGAUCCUGCGCAAACGACUUGCAGAACGUGCUUCUGCGGCCGGUCAGGGCAACGUGGACGUAGACAUCAAGCGCUUACGCAGUGUUUGCGAGGCCUGUCCUUGGAUCUAUGUCCAGGCAGAAGAUGGUGGAGACUGGUCUGCCUUGCUGCGAGGUCGUCCACCCAACUUCAUCGACGUCUACAGCCCACAGGACUUUUAUCCAACUUCCCUCUGGCAGGCAGCAGCUAGCUACUUUGAAGGCUUGGAUGAUGCCAACAUGGUGCUGCCGGGUGGUCGCUACUCCUGCGCACAGGCGCUGGUCUCGCGUGGGCUACAGUUUCUCCAAGGAAGGACUCUAGGGCAGGUUUGCCACAUCGUGCAGCUGGCAAUUUCGCAGAAGAAGCUGCUCGGCUACUUGAAUGGUGCCGUGGUGCCCUACGGGCGCUCCCAGUCCAUGAUCAAGGAGCGAUGUGCUGAGCGUCAAAAGCCAUGCACCAACAUUGCGCGUGGUAACGGAUCUGACCUGGCUGAUUGGGAAGUGGUGAAGCGCGGUCUGAAGGAAAUCCUUGGAAGCCUGAGUCCUGGUACAGCCACGAUACCCCUUUCCAACGUGAAGCGCCUCUUCCGCUCGCGUUUUCACAUCGAACUGAGCGAGACAGCACUCGGUCACUCCAAGCUGUCCGAGCUGUUGCAGGAUCCAAGAUUGCGAGAUAUUUGUUCGGUUCGUUUACAAGGUCAUGGUUAUGUUGUCAGCCCAGUGACACCUAGUGCCGUCGUUCCCUCCAAGUCUAAUCUGCGGCAAACAAAGGCCGUGCAAAUGUCUUCGGGCCCGGGAAUGUCAGUGGCUGCCGCUGGUGCGGCAGCGGUCACGGCAGCUGUUGCGGCAGCAUGUGGGCAGAUGCCUGCGCAGGCAGGGCAGUUGGCACCUGCGCUGGGAGUCAGUAUGCGGAAGACGGCAGCGCCAUCUCCUUAUGACAAGGCAGAGGUGCCAUUCUUUGACACGCAAGUGCCAGCAUCUGCUCCGACAUGCAGCAGAGCUGUCGGACCUGCUUCUGUGCCAGCCGUGCAACACCCCACUUCUCGGGUCUCACUGCGUGACCGAGCACCUUUUGUCGCACCUCUCAGCAUGGAGGAUGUGGAGCAGUCGCCAGCGGUGGGACAGCGCGCUCAACAGAUCUCCGGUGGCACCUGGCAAACUCCGUUUGACAGCAUGCCACUCAUGACGUCCACUCCAAGUGCUUCACAUCCUCGCAGAACCGAGUCUGUGCCAAGAAACCUUGGAUCGGAGAAGAGUGCCCGUGACUCUUGCCAAGCUGUCGGCAUCGAAGAAACGCCAGGCUUAGCAGGCUUAUGCGGAGACGGGCAGCUGCCUGCUGUGCCGGCCACGCCGGAAACACUCAGCUUCCCGCAGUGGCCCAUGCUGACACCCAACACUUUGGACGGAAUGGGCUACAGCGUACAGAACACCUUCAUCAACUUUGCAGUGCCAUCGACACCCAUGACAAACACCCGUUCGCACUCAUUGCCACGUAAUAUGGGAGCAUCCGAAAGUGACGAGGCGCAAAUGGGCGAGAAGGCCGAGGAGGGAAUUUGUUUUAAGCACAAUUCAAUAUGCGAAACAGCUCCGAAGGAUCAAUGUUAA